AUGACCGGAUCCGCCUCCUGUGGUUCCCAUGCACACACAUGCACGCCCAGGCACCCGGGAACAGCAUCCAUGCACAGAGCACAGCAAGCAACCCACGCCAUCACAGGGACACACAUAGAGAAUUCGCAUUUCUCAUGCAUCCAUACGGGUGAACAGCAGCAAUUACACAGAGGGGUGCAAUCAGCAGCACUGGUGGUAGGCGCGGUACAGCACACCACAGGAGAAAGACCCGUCACAGUGAGCUCACCAUGUGGGCGGCAGAGAGCUCACCAUGUGGGCGGCAGAGAGCUCACCAUGUGGGCGGCAGAGAGCUCACCAUGUGGGCGGCAGAGAGCUCACCAUGUGGGCGGCAGAGAGCUCACCAUGUGGGCGGCAGAGAGCUCACCAUGUGGGCGGCAGAGAGCUCACCAUGUGGGCGGCAGAGAGCUCACCAUGUGGGCGGCAGAGAGCUCACCAUGUGGGCGGCAGAGAGCUCACCAUGUGGGCGGCAGAGAGCUCACCAUGUGGGCGGCAGAGAGCUCACCAUGUGGGCGGCAGAGAGCUCACCAUGUGGGCGGCAGAGAGCUCACCAUGUGGGCGGCAGAGAGCUCACCAUGUGGGCGGCAGAGAGCUCACCAUGUGGGCGGCAGAGAGCUCACCAUGUGGGCGGCAGAGAGCUCACCAUCUGGGCGGCAGAGAGCUCACCAUCUGGGCGGCAGAGAGCUCACCAUCUGGGCGGCAGAGAGCUCACCAUCUGGGCGGCAGAGAGCUCACCAUCUGGGCGGCAGUGAGCUCACCAUCUGGGCGGCAGUGAGCUCACCAUCUGGGCGGCAUGAGCUCACCAUCUGGGCGGCAGUGAGCUCACCAUCUGGGCGGCAGAGAGCUCACCAUCUGGGCGGCAGUGAGCUCACCAUCUGGGCGGCAGUGAGCUCACCAUCUGGGCGGCAGAGAGCUCACCAUCUGGGCGGCAGUGAGCUCACCAUCUGGGCGGCAGAGAGCUCACCAUCUGGGCGGCAGUGA